AUGUCCAAGACAAUUUUUAGAGUUCUCACUGAUGAUAGCUUGGGCUCGUCGUUGCUGCAGCAAAAGAUCGUGAUCAGGCUGGGCGAACCGAUCGACAAGAACGGGUCUAAAGCCAUGCAGCUGGCAUCCAAAUCUGUUGGAGUGAACUCGGUGGCGAUCACCGGCGACGCCAAGGACCGGCUGGAGGUGGUAGGAGAAAGCAUCGACAUCGCCUGCCUGAUCAAUCACCUGCGCAAGAAGGUCUGCCGCGCCGACAUCGUUGUGGUGGAGGAAGUGAAGGACAAAAAGAGGAGGAGGAGGAGGAGGAGAAGAAGAAGAAGAAGAAGGAAGAAGAAGAGAAGAAGAAAAAGGCGGAGGAAGAGCUCAAGAAGCUCUGCACUUACCCGCCGCCGUGCACCGGUUAUUUACCGCCGGCCGCCGACGGUUUUCUGCGAGGAUCAGCCAGCACUGCCUACCACAUCCUGUGAAGAUGCUUAA